UCUCGUUACCGCAUAUCACUUUCCAUUUUGCACUCUAAAAUGGACGCGGAGUGACCGUACGGUAGCAAACUAUACGGUAUCCAGAAAUGGAAAGGUUCAUUCCGCCGGAGUUCGACUUAAACCACAAAGGCUGCAACUCAGAGCACGCGCAGAAGAGGUGGCGCAACGCCGUGGGGAAACUAGUGAAGAAUCGCCGCCGCCGCUUCCGGUAUGCCGCCGAUCUCGAGAAACGCUCCGAAGCCAAGGAGCAGCUGAGAAGACUAAGGGAAAACAUUCGUGUAUCUUUUGUUGCUUACACUGCAGCACUCAGGUUUAUAGAAGCUGGACAAGGAAUCAAACCUCCCUACGAAGUAGACAGUAGCUCCAGCAAAUCCAGUGAGCAAGAUAUUGAAUUGGAGUUGGUGAAUGGGCUACAAGAAGAGGCUAGAUUUGCAGGAUUUCGGAUUGAUCCAGAUAAACUUGCAACUAUAGUAUCUUCCUAUGAUAUCAGGACAUUAACUAAACUCAAAGGAACUGAAGGGCUUGCUGAGAGAUUGAAUGUAUCUCUACAUGAAGGAGUUAACUCCGAGGAUGUGCCCACGAGAAAAAGUGUUUUUGGUCCCAAUAUGUAUACUGAGAAACCAUCCAAGAGCUUCUGGAUGUUUCUAUGGGAGGCUUUUCACGACGUGACACUCGUGAUACUUAUAGUCUGUGCCCUUGUCUCUGUUGGAGUCGGCCUUGCCACUGAAGGUUGGCCGAAGGGGAUGUAUGAUGGGCUUGGGAUCAUACUGAGCAUACUCUUGGUCGUUAUGGUCACUGCAGUUAGUGACUACAGGCAGUCAUUGCAGUUCAAGGAGUUGGACAAGGAGAAGAAGAAGAUAUUUAUCCAAGUCACUAGAGAUGGAACUAGACAGAAGAUCUCUAUAUAUGAAUUGGUGGUUGGAGACAUUGUUCAUCUAUCAAUUGGAGAUCAAGUUCCAGCAGAUGGGAUUUUUGUAGAAGGAUACAAUUUGCUCAUUGAUCAGUCAAGUCUCACAGGAGAAAGUGUUCCAGUAAAUAUAUUUGAGAAACGGCCUUUUCUUUUGGCAGGAACCAAGGUACAAGAUGGAACAGCCAAGAUGUUGGUGACUACUGUUGGCAUGAGAACUGAAUGGGGGAAGCUGAUGGAAACUCUCAGCGAGGGAGGAGAUGAUGAGACCCCGCUGCAGGUGAAGCUGAAUGGUGUAGCAACCAUCAUUGGGAAAAUCGGGCUGGCUUUUGCUUCUUUGACCUUCCUCGUCUUGACAGCAAGGUUUCUUGUCGAGAAAUGGCUAAACCACAAGCUUAGUAUAUGGGGCUCGACUGAUGCUGUGACACUUUUGAACUACUUUGCAACUGCAGUGACUAUAAUUGUGGUUGCAGUGCCAGAGGGGCUUCCUCUUGCAGUGACACUGAGUCUUGCUUUUGCAAUGAAGAAGCUGAUGAGUGAGAGCGCACUGGUUAGGCAUCUCGCUGCCUGUGAGACGAUGGGUUCUGCUACGUGCAUUUGCACUGAUAAAACAGGAACGUUGACAACGAACCACAUGGUAGUGAGUAAGACAUGGAUUUGUGGAGAAAUCAAAGAAGUAGAUGGCAGUAGCAGCAUCGGUGCAUUGGAUUCUAUUAUAUCAGGAGCUGUGUUGAAAAUUCUGUUGCAGGCAAUAUUCAAUAAUACAGGAUCUGAGGUGGUGAAGAACAAAGAUGGGAAAGUUUCCAUUUUAGGCACACCUACGGAGGCUGCAAUACUAGAGUUGGGACUGAACCUUGGUGGUGAUUUUGAUGAGCAGCGCCGCAUGUGCAGGCUGCUGAAACUGGAGCCUUUCAACUCGGAGAAGAAGAAGAUGUCCGCUCUAGUGGCUCUGCCAGAUGGCAAGCUCCGAGCUUUCUGCAAAGGCGCGUCUGAGAUUAUACUCAAGAUGUGUGACAAGAGCAUCAAUGCCGAAGGGGAAGUUGUUCCAUUGGGGGAAACACAGGAGAGAAAUGUGUUGGAUGUGAUCAAUGGUUUUGCCAAUGAAGCUCUACGAACUCUCUGCUUAGCUUUCAAGGACAUUAAUGAUGGAAACAGCAUCCCUGGUCAUGGAUAUACGCUUAUUGCUGUAGUCGGAAUCAAAGACCCCGUUCGACCAGGGGUGAAGGAAGCAGUUCAGAUUUGUCUAGAAGCAAGUAUCACUGUACGCAUGGUCACAGGUGAUAACAUCAAUACAGCGAAGGCAAUAGCUAGAGAAUGUGGGAUUCUCAAAGAUGACGAUCUUGCAGUUGAAGGUCCAGCAUUUCGUCACAAGACACCCCACGAGAUGAGCCUAGACAUACCAAGAAUUAAGGUAAUGGCUCGGGCGUCGCCCACUGACAAACAUGUCUUGGUGAAGACCUGCAGAGGUUUGCUUAGAGAGGUUGCUGCAGUUACUGGUGACGGGACUAAUGAUGCACCGGCUUUGCAUGAGGCAGAUAUUGGACUAGCUAUGGGCAUCGCUGGGACAGAGGUUGCAAAAGAAAGUGCUGAUGUGAUUGUGAUGGAUGACAAUUUCUCAACAAUUGUCACUGUUGCAAAAUGGGGGCGUGCAGUGUACAUCAACAUACAGAAAUUUGUGCAAUUUCAGUUGACUGUUAACAUUGUUGCUCUCAUGAUCAACUUCAUAUCUGCUUGUGCCUCAGGAUCUACGCCCCUCACCGCUGUGCAGCUUCUGUGGGUGAACCUAAUCAUGGACACUCUUGGAGCACUUGCUCUUGCCACCGAACCACCGCAUGAAGGCCUGAUGAAGCGGCCACCUGUGGGGAGGUCGGAGAGCCUCAUCACCAUGGCCAUGUGGAGGAACAUCAUUGGUCAGAGCAUAUACCAACUGACUCUUUUGCUAGUCCUCAAUUUUGCUGGGAAGCAAAUCCUGGGACUCAAUGGCCCUGAUGCAACUGCUGUGCUCAACACUUUGAUAUUCAACGUAUUUGUGUUUUGCCAGGUCUUCAAUGAGAUAAACAGCCGUGACAUCGAGAAGAAAAACAUCUUUAGAGGCAUAUUUGGGAAUAGGAUAUUCUCAGGAAUCAUAGUCUCCACGGUUGUAUUCCAAGUAAUAAUAGUGGAGUUCUUGGGUACAUUCGCAAGCACUGUGCCGUUAAAUUGGCAACUAUGGUUGCUCAGUGCAUUGCUGGGGGCCUUGAGCAUGCCCAUUGCUGUUGUAUUGAAGUGCAUUCCAGUUAAAGGGAAGCAUGAUGGUGCACGAAACAACGGUUAUGAGAGGCUCCCCAGCGGCCCUGAGUCUGCCUGAAUAUGCAUAAUUGUGAAUUGUUUGCUGUUUUGGAGGAUUCCACUUCACUUGCUGGCUGCCAUAUAUGUUUAGAUCUAGAAGAAUCUCUCUCUCUCUCCUGUCUGCUUUGUUCUAUAUAAGUAUUCGACCUGUAGUUCCUUUCUAUUAAUAAAUCUCUAUUCCACUUUACAAA